AUGUGGUCUCUAGAAUGGAUCGCUGCUACACUCAUUGCUGCAUUUGAGUUAAUUGCUGCAAUUAUACUUAACUUAUAUAUCAUGGCUACCAGUUUUCUGGAUCAAAGUAAAAAAUUCAGCCUCAGCCCGGCCAAUCAAAUGUAUUUUUAUAUGGGAUUGGUUAACGUGUGCCUACAGGUUAUCAUGACAUUACAAGGAUAUGUUUAUGUGUUUUCACCUGUCACAUAUGUCUCUAAAGAAUUCAGUGUUCCUGUUUGUUUGUGCUUUCUAUACUUCAUUUACCUAAAUUUAUGGCUCACAGCCUGGCUCUGCUCCUUCUACUGUGUGACCAUUGUCAGAUUCAGAAGCAAAUUCGUCACACGUCUCAAGAUGAGUCUGUCUACUGUGGUACCAAAGCUGCUUCUGAUCACGGCUGUGGGGUGCGUCAUUAUCAGUGUCCCCUCUAUCUGGGGAGUUCAAGUCGUAGCUCAGCAGAAUAUGACUCAAGAGUUGACUCAUAACAUCCAUAAUUUUAUUGUAGUGUUUAAUUUUACUCACUAUUACUUCAUCAUUUUUAUCACAUUUGGAUGUUCCUUGCCUCUUGUCCUCUCUCUAACCUCUGUAGGUUUUACCUUGACAUCUCUCUUUGGAUACAUCUGGAGAAUAAAAGUCACUGAGUCUAGUCUGAGUGCUCCUCAGCUUGAGGCACAUUACAAAGCAUGUAGGACAAUGUUACGUCUUAUCAUAACUUAUUUGGUUUUCAUUGUUUCUGAGAUCCACAUUUCUACCUCCAUAUUGUCUACUUCAAAUAUAUUGAUGGUUGCCACCUUUUUUAUUGCAUUGCUGUAUCCCACAUCCCAGUCUGCCAUCCUCAUCUUUGGAAAUCCCAGACUAAAAAAGGGUUUUGUUGGAAAAGAAAUGUGUCAAUUCUGUUAA